AUGGCCAUAGUAGCUCGAACUGUCGCGCCCACAAUAAAACUGGGAUCGUUUCCUGUCGUGCCCCGUUCGCAUAAUGUUACAACUAUGAACAAGCUCACCAGCAAAGAGCUUGAUCAUCUGAUCACUCAUGAAGAUCCAAAAGGAAUCGGGCUGGGUCAUUAUCUACCACUGAUCUUCAAAUCAUUCACUCAGCUAGACAAUGUUCCCCUUGCAAGUGAGCUGAAGAUUAAGUUGGGAAAGCUGCGGUGUAGCAAAGCAGCAAAGGUUCACUUUCAAAACUUCAAAGACGAUGACAUGGUGCCCUUGUAUGAUAUCAAUUCAAAAUGCUGGAAUUGGGACUUCCCUUCAUCAGGGAUCACUCCAGCAGGAGCCCAGGAGACAAAUGAGUUUUCCUUUGGUCUUUAUCUCAAUGUUGUCUCAGAGGCCUUAUCGAUCGCGAAUCCCAACCUCAAACAACUUACUCAAGCAUCGCGCGUUUGGUACUCAGAAUUUGCAACCCACGCAGUUCCAACUCAAGAUAUCCAACGGAAGCCUGACUUAGUUCUAUCCGACCAUGUCGUCCAGCUGGGCUGGAACAAUUUCAUGGUAUGCGCUGAACUCACGUUUAGCGCUUACCAGCCUGCUGCACGUGUUGGCAGUUCCAUGGACACCAAAGCUUACCUGUUGUUUCGUGGACAGCCAUGGCGCCGUUUUGUACUGCUAUUGUCCUUUUGUAAUCGAUACCGUGACCUUCACGUCCAUCUGUACGACCAUUCUGGGGGGCUGGUGUCCCCUGUGUUCAACAUCGACAACAAUCCAGAUAUGUAUUUGCAAAUACUCGCUGGGAUCGUGUUUGGAGGUCCCCAGUGUCUUGGUUACGAUUGUACCGUCGUAUUUUAUGUCACCCCUUCCAAACCUGCCAGCACUUCCCGUCGCACUGCCACGCCACACCAGGCCAUCAUGCACGACAUUUCCAAAGACAUCAGCUCGCUUGCACCUGGUAUUGCCGAAGAAAGUCACCCAUUCAGUAGCUCAAACGAUUCUGUCGCUGCCAGUGGAGGCAGCAAUUUUUCCGAAGAAGUGACACAUUAUGAUCCUCCCACCGACACGUCACAUGAGGGCACUCUGGUGGAAUUUUUUGAAGAUGGCCCGUUUCCUCUUUACGCCCUGUUUGCCUCUACUACAGGGGUACUUCAGCCAGAAAUUGUUCCGGAGCCAAACGAGGACAUCCCAACAGCGCUCUUCCCCCCUCCCCCCUCCAACAAGGACCCCAUUGGUAAAAUUCAUGUCAAGGAGAAGUUCUACAAUAUACUCCACACCUUGUUCUACAGUCGAGGUCUUACGGGCAGGGGAACUGUUUGUUAUUUGGUCGAGUUGGGGGGUGAGGAAUUCAUUAUCAAAGACCAUUGGGUGCAAGGACAGGAUGACACGGACAUCCUGAAUGAGGUGGAAAUGCUGAAGUGGAUGCAAGGUGUCCCUGGUGUCCCUCACCUCGAAGACUAUUGGAUUGUUGAGAGGGAGAAGGGAGUUCCAGAUACAACAGGUGACUUUCGCUUCAAGCAUAUCCAGAGCACAUCCCACGCAUUUCGCGCCCAUGUUCGCCUUGUUCUCAAACCAUGUGCCCGUCCAUUACAUCAAGUUCCUGAACUAAGAAAGAGCUGCUGA